UGUCACUGUCUCAGACUGAGGUGGGUCUUUUUUACACUCUCUCCCUCUUAUCCUUUCACUCUUUACUGUCAGGACGCAAUGAGGUUAACAGCACUGUGCGUAUGUGGGACCCUGCUGGUCCUCUUGAGCCUCUCUCGGACCACAGCGGACCCUGAUGAAGAAGACCUCCUGGGGGAUCACGGAUUCGGACCCUGCGUUGCGACUCUGAGACCCGAGGGGCCGUGCAGACCGGGGCAGGAUGAGAACACGUGCCCGUACCUGUUCAGUCUGCCACCGCUGACUCUCCAACUACCGAAGCAGCUCAGAGAGCUGGAGAAGAUCGUGGAGGAUUUGCAGAAGCUGAAGGACAACGUGGACCAGCUGAGGAAGAUGUGUGCAGACUGUACAGUAAGCCAAACUGAGAGAGAGUGUGGGAGGCAAAGAGAAAGAGAGCAUGAAAAGCUGAAUGAGGGUACGGACAGACAUACGGAGGAGAGGAACUGGCUGAAUGAGAGAACUCCUGAGAGGACAGAAGCUUUCAGCAGGGAGUGUAGGACAGACAGGGUUAAAGCAGAGAAGACUAUGGCAGGAGAUGGUGACACUGACUCAGAAAAAAGAACAAUUCUGGAAGAGAAAGAGGGAAAGAAAUGGGAAGCAGAGAGAGAGAGCAAUAAAGGGGUCGUAAAAGAAAAUGAGAGAGACAAAAACCUAAAAGAAGUGGCAGAAAAAGAUGGAAAAACGAAGACAGAAGUGGCAAAAGCAAAGGACAAACUGGGACAGGCAAAGGUGCCAACUUCUGGUGGAAAUGAGAGAACAGUGGUCAGAAAAAAGGUUGUUGAAAAAAAUAACAGGGAGACCGAGACAGACAGAAACACAGACAAAGAUGGAAAAGGGAAUUCAAAGGGAGAUCCAGAGGACAGACUGGAGAAUGAAAAAGAGAGGAAAAGUACAAGUAAUGUGAAAAAUAAGGAGAAAACAGCAGAAAGUGACCGUCACGUGUGGCGAGAUGAAACAAAGGAAACAGACAGAAAGACUGAAACUGAAGAAGACGGGGACGAUGAUGAAAUAAAGAUGUCCGAGGGCCGUGAUGAGCAUACAGAUAAGGACGGAGAGCAGCACGGGAAGGAGAGGGAGAAGGAAAUGGAAAUAAAAGAGGAGCGAAAUAAUGAGAAAUCAAAACAGAUUGAAAGCAUUGGGCGUGCAGAAAAAGAGAAGACUAUAAAAGAGGGGGAGGAGGGGGACAGAGAGACGGGAACGGAGAUCAAAACAGAAGGAGAAAAAAGGGUCCAGAGUGUCCAGAGAGACGGGGAUGGAGAAUCAGCAUCCAGCGAGUCGACCGAGGGGACAGACUUUGUUUCAAUCAGCCCGACUCUUCAGUCUAUCAUUAGUUCAGCCCCGAGGCUCCACUCCAUGGACCCAGACGGAGCUAGAACCUUUACGUCAUCUCUACCGUCUCCUCCGUCUCCUCCUCUGUCCAGCUCCACUUCACAUUUCAUCACAGAGGUCAAUCAAGCAAAGACAGUAGUUGCCGAUGGACUACAAACCCAAAGUACCGGCCGUGGAGCAGCUGGCUUCUCUGAGCACCCGAGCCCUGAUGCAGAGGAAGGCUUUAGGACCACAAGUAGGCCAACAACAGCAGCAGCCACAAUAAACACAUUGGGUGGUCUUAGACAACAGAUAACCAGUCCCACUUCAAGGUUCACCUCGACAACCAGUGCAACACCUGGGGCAGGCUUCCAGGGUCAAGUUAGCUCAACGACAGCAGCUACAACUCCUCGACAGACUUUAUACACAACUACGUUCACAGGAGUUUCAGACCGCAGCCGUUGGACAGCCAGAAAGAACAUCACCUCAAAUACUAAGACUGGCGUGAAACCUCUUCCAGGUCGCGGACCGAAGCCCGGUGAAAAGCAUAAACCUGCCAAUAAGCCUGAAGCAGAUCAAAAGCUUAAAAACCCGAAGAAUGACCGUAAACCUGACCGAGCUCCUUCGCCUGAUAAAAAAACUAAACAUGACCAAAAGCAGAGACCUUCUCACCAAAAACCCACAACCGACCAAAGAUCUAAACCCAGCAAAGACCCUAAACGAGUCCAGAUCCCAAAACCAGACCAAACACCUCGACCUGAUCAUUUACCGACUGAUCGUAACAAUCAAAUACCUAAACGUGACCGAGAACAUCCAACUGAUCAAAGCCCGUUACUUAUUCAGAAGCCAAAAUCUCAUCAAAAGCCAACGCUUCCUGUUCAGAGACCGACAUCUCAUCAGAGACCUCAAACUGUAAACGCAACUGGUUCUGACCCUCGAACUGACCGAGAACCUGAAUCUGUUGAAAUCCCAAUUACUACUCAAAACUCAAAACCUAAGAAAAAGCCAGUUCAUCCUCUCAGAACCGACGAGUCUGAUCAAACUCAAAAACCCGAUCAAAGAUCUACAAUAAACCGAUAUCUCACACCGGUUCAAGAGCCUGAAAGGAGAGCCACAACGAGCCUCACGCCAACACCUGACCAGAAGCCUUUAACAGAAUUAAUGGAAAACUUUGAUGAAAAUCCUUCGCCCAAGCCGAAAUCUGUCAAAGACUCAACACCUGGACAAACACUUACACCUGAUAGUGCCCUCAUCAUCACACCCCCUGAACCUGAUAGUGCCCUCAUCACACCCCCUGAACCUGAUAGUGAUCUCAUCAAACCCUCUGAACCUGAUAGUGAUCUCAUCAAACCCUCUGAACCUGAUAGUGCCCUCAUCAUCACACCCCCUGAACCUGAUAGUGCCCUCAUCAUCACACCCCCUGAACCUGAUAGUGCCCUCAUCAUCACACCCCCUGAACCUGAUAGUGCCCUCAUCAUCAAACCCUCUGAACCUGAUAGUGCCCUCAUCAUCACACCCCCUGAACCUGAUAGUGCCCUCAUCAAACCCUCUGAACCUGAUAGUGCCCUCAUCACACCCCCUGAACCUGAUAGUGAUCUCAUCAAACCCUCUGAACCUGAUAGUGCCCUCAUCAAACCCGAUAAACCUGAUAGUGCCCUCAUCAAACCCUCUGAACCUGAUAGUGCCCUCAUCGUCACACCCCCUGAACCUGAUAGUGAUCUCAUCAAAUCCUCUGAACCUGAUAGUGAUCUCAUCACACCCCCUGAACCUGAUAGUGCCCUCAUCACACCGACCGAUCAAAAGCCUAAACCCAGCCAAAAAGCCCCUAAAAUAAACCAGAAGCCUAAACCUAGCCCAAAACACCCAGAGGUCGUAACAGGCCCAAAGACUAAACCGAAGCUGAAGCCUAAACCUGACCAAACACCACUGACCCGUCCAGGGCUUAGAACACCUCGGCCUGACCAAACUCUGAAAGCAGAAUCCAACAAAACAUCCAAACCGAGGCUUCCAGCCAGACGCAGGCCACCGACCCGGCCUACAGUCGGGCCAGGAGCAACACCUGUUCAAAGGCCAAAACCAGCAGGGCGACUGAAGCCAAGUCCAAAGACCAAAACAAAUUCAGAGCCUCUUCAAAUCAGCGGAACUCCAUCAGACGACAUCCAAAACUCCCAAACUGACAUGCCACCUGCACCUGGCCCCGUAACACAGAUUACUGAAGUCAGUUAUUCCACGGAGGAGUUCAGACCCAGCACCAUGAAAACUAUCACUCUGGAUCCAAAGACCUCCAACAGCCUGGAGACUGGACCCUUCCCUCGCCCUCACACCGUCUCUGAAGGCUUCACCGUGAGCCCGACCAGCAGGAUCACGUCUGAUCUGAGGCCACAAACAGCCGGUCGACCACCAUCCAUCCCAACGACAACAAGACCAAACAAAAUCAUCCGUGGGAUCCUCCCGGGUGUUAUCCUCCCGGGUGUUAUCUCUAGCACCGGUCCAGGAUCCACAAAGACAAAUCAAGCUUCUACGACUGACUCCAGCUUACAAGCUAAGCCCCUUCACACUGUGAAGGAAACAGCACCCAGGCACACUCCAGACAAAGUGAUGGUUCCAGUCCCAACCCCCAGCACCCAAACUACCUCCACCAUGAGCCCUGACCUCAGGUCAACAACCCCCGUCACCUCUGGCCCCGAGCCCCUGGCCGCUGAGGCUUCCACUCCCAGUGCACGAGAACUGCGUGUGAAAAUCAACCAGGUGGCGGCUUUCUUCAAUAACAGCCUGAGUCCAAGUGGAAGAGCGUUGGACAGGCAUCCUAAAGGGCACCUGGAGGACAACCAGGGGGGCAGCAGACCUCACAGGCCCGGCAGCAAACUACCAACACGGAGACCAUCUAAAGAUGUGAUUUUAAAUACGCUCAUAAUUCUUUGUGAUUUCUUUCCAUCUCCCUCGUCUGCAGUCAGCGUGGCCAGAGACUGCUCCGACCACCUGCUCAGGGGGGACACAAAGAGCAGAGUGUACCUGGUGACCCCUGACCUCCGCAGUAGAAGCUUCCCGGUCUUCUGUGACAUGGAGCUGGACGGAGGAGGGUGGACGCUCCUGCAGCGCAGACAGGACGGCAGCGUGAGCUUCAACCGCACCUGGGCCGAGUACCGGUCGGGCUUCGGGGAGCUGGACGGAGGGGAGUUCUGGCUGGGCAACAACAUGAUCCACCUGCUGACCCGGGACAGGGACAUGGUGCUGCGGGUGGAGCUGGAGGACUUUGACGGGGUGAUGGAGUACGCAGAGUACGAGCAGUUCAGGGUGGCGAGCGAACGGAUGCGUUACCGACUGACGGUGGGCGGUUACUCCGGUACUGCGGGCGACGCUCUGCGCUUCAGUAAAAGUUAUGACCACAACAACAGGGCGUUCACCACACCGGACCGGGACCACGACCGCUAUCCAUCCGGGAACUGCGGCGCCUACUACAGCUCCGGCUGGUGGUUCGAUGCCUGCAUGGCUGCAAACCUCAACGGGAGGUACUACGUGGGGCGGUACAAGGGAGUCCGGGACGGUAUCUUCUGGGGGACGUGGCAGAACAUCUCUACAGAGUAUUACCCCACCAACGACAGACAGUCCUUUAAAACGGUCCGGAUGAUGAUCCGACCGAAGAGCUUCGGACCACAGGACUGACUCUCUACCUAAAAUAACAUAAUAAACAUAAACAUAAAGGGUCGAACUACUAACUUCAACCAUGAGCUCCUAAGAUGCUCCUCACAGUUUAAUCACAGCUGGUAUACCCUAGUAUAGUAUAGUAGAGUAGAGUAGAGUAUAGUAUAGUAGAGUAGAGUAGAGUAGAGUAGAGUAGAGUAGAGUAGAGUAGAGUAGAGUAUAGUAUAGUAGAGUAGAGUAGAGUAUUCCCUCCACAGGGUUAUUGUUCACUGUUAACACGAUGCUGCCACCUGGUGGUGUUUGAUUCUGCACUAAUACAUAACCAUAUUUGUUUACAGGAUGAUAUGACAAUAACUGAGGAUGUACAUAGUUACAGAGGUUGUAGACCUAAUUCCAUAUUAUCUUUUUUAUAGGCUUUUGAUAUUAACGUGUUGUUGUUUUUUAGAGUGGUAUUUGUUUAAAGAUGAGAGAGGGAAUCCUCUCGUGAAGUUAUUUUUCAGUGAAUCUGACGGGUACGUAGCAACAGAGAAUGAGAUUUAUUAUUAUUAUUAUUAUUAUUGCAGUACUGGAAGGCCAGUUGAUGGUUGAUUGAAGCUGCAUGAGAUGUUUUCUAAUCAAAAUUUGUUUUGUUAAGAUAAAUAAAAUUGAUGAAUAUA